GGUCUCGCGUGACGCCCACUGUAUCACGCCGCAGAUUGUCUUGCCGUACGAGUACUUGCACUGGAGUAGAUAUCAUAUGUGGCUUAGUGGGAAAUGGUCCAAGUUACAGUGUGAAUAAGGUGCAACAGGUGGCAGGUGGUAGGUCCACUCUACCGUACCGGUACUGUACGGUACUUGGCGAUGAGCAACUUCGCCCCUCACUCUCCUCUACACCCCCUGUCGUACCUGCUCGAGUAGUUAUCAGUCCCUCAUCACGAAAAUAGCCAGGCACAGAGCUCACCGGGGAUAUUAACCAUCACCCGCCUCAAACCGCACCGCAUCCCUUCCUACUCGAGGCUCACCUCGCAUGCUGUACUGGGGAAUGGACACACCCCAACCGCACCGCAAAGUCUACUGGUACAAGCACUGCCCGCAUUCAGUAACAACUAUCACAAUUUACCUCACGCCCACCGCUCGGGUCGACUCACACUCUCUGCAUCUUUCCCCUCGGUGAUCAUCCUCCAAUCACAGACUCGUGCCGGGCUGUAAGAAAGUUUGUGCGCAAUCUCCAUACGUCAACUCAAAGCUCUUACUACUCCUCUGUCCUCACUCCUUCAGCUACGAACUGCAGCCGGUCACCCCCUCCACUUCACUCUCCUCCAUUCCACCCACCCCCAAACAGCUCAACCCAUCCCUUCGUGACGAAUAGAAUCGAUCCCCCGUAUAUCCGCUCACCCAUCUAUUCUUCCACCUACCCUUGACACGGAAAAGAAAAAAGAAAAAAAAAGAUUAAACCGUCCUCCGGAAAGGGCAAUAUUGAAAGGCAAUAUUUAUCCCUCCUCUGGGGUGUUUUUUUAAUUUUUUUUAUUUAACCCUAUCAUGAGCCUCUCCAACUUUGAUUUACAGCGAUUGCUCCAAAAACUCCUCUGGGACCCUGAACCAAAGAAUACAGAUCCGAUGAACUCUAUAUGGUGUUUGGGCCAAGAAUACCCUAGCGCUGGGCUUCCCCCAUCGUCACCUCCGCCUCCCCCUUCCACCGAGAACAGUAUAACUGGGGGCCACGGCAGCUACAGGGAACCCGAGGGGGGUAACAAAGGUCAAGAGGAGGAUGGGGACACGGGGUGGCCGAAAGCUUUCUUGGACGAUUUCGAGUCGACUCUGUGGAUGACGUAUCGUAACAAUUUCAAACCCAUCCCCCGUGUGGCGGAUUAUAACGAUAGGCUUACACUCCUGACGAGUAUACGGAGCCACCUUGAUAAAGCGGAGGGGUUUACAAGUGAUUCUGGAUGGGGUUGUAUGAUACGGUCCGGGCAAGCAGUGAUUGCUAAUGCCCUGGCUCGUUUACGUUUGGGCAGAGGUAUGGGAAAACCCACUUGACUCCUACCCAAGGAUCACAGAGCUUACGGUUGCUGCAGGAUGGCGAAGGGGGAUGAGACCCGAAGAGGAGAAACGGUUAUUGGCUUUGUUUGCGGAUGAUCCGAGAGCUCCGUUCUCGAUUCAUAAAUUCGUUCGGCAUGGAGAAGUAGAAUGCGGGAAGAAUCCGGGGGAGUGGUUUGGCCCUAGUGCUGCCGCAAUGUGCAUCCAGUGAGUUACAAGCUUUUCCUAACACUCCCAUCACAAUGCUAAUGACUCGUAUACAGGGCUCUCACUCAUGCGUACGAUCCGGCCGGCCUGCGGGUUUACCAAACAAAUUCAAAUGAUCUCUAUGAGGAAGACUUCCGGAAGGUCGCUAUUGUGAAUGGAGUGUUCAAGCCGACACUGGUUCUUGCUGGCGUCCGAUUAGGGAUAGAAAGAAUUACAAAUAUCUACUACGAACCAUUAGCAGCAUGCUUACGAAUGCCACAGACCGUCGGAAUCGCCGGGUAUGUUUUUUCAAACAUUCUCCAUGCAGUAAAGCAAGCUAACUCAUAAUACAGUGGACGCCCUUCAUCAUCGCAUUACUUCAUUGCAGUCCAAGGGGAAUACUUCUUCUACUUAGACCCUCACACCUGCAGACCAAUCCUGUCCUUUAAAGAGAACCCGCAGGAUUACACAGGGGAAGAGGUUGGCACAUGCCAUACGAGGCGCAUUAGGAGACUACAUAUCCGAGAAAUGGACCCGAGUAUGUUAAUAGCGUUCUUGAUCAAGGAUGAAGCGGACUGGAGGGAUUGGCGAAGGCGAAUUAGUAAAGUAGAUAUUCCCUUCCCUAGAACUACAGUUUCAACUCACAAUUUGAUAGCCGGAAAAGAAGGUCAUUCAUGUUAGCGAUAGUGAGCCAUCCGGAAGCUGGGCUCCCAGAGAGGCAGCUAUCGAUGAGGUGGAGGCCUUCGAAGACGAUGAUUUUUAAGACGUUUGUGUACCGAUUCAGGCAUGAAGGACCGAAUAAAUAGCAUAACAUUCCCGAUAUUUCGAGACCUACCGUAUUAAGUUAGUUGGCGAAAGAGAAGGAUUACGAACGGAGAAUGGUGACCCUUUGCUUUUUUAUUUUUUUUCAUUUCUUUUCCCCCCUCUCUUCUAUGCGUCUUCAUUGUAGGGUGCGAGUAGACUCUGUGCUUUAAUCUCUUUCUUUCUAUUCAUAUUAGGUUUCGCUUUCUCAUUUGGUCUUUGGCUUAUACGGGUGGGGGUUGAUUUAAUUUCUUGGUGCCAUUAAAUGGUUGCAGUAUGAUACGGUAUCAUGCUGGUGUGGAUGCCAGUCAGCUUACGAUAUCGUCUGGACUACCGCAGCGAUGGAAUUGUGCGGUUCAAGAUACCAGGCCGGCGCAGUAUGAUAAAAUGCAUACCGGUAUUAGUAUAUAACUUACGGCUAAGGUUGAAUUUACUGAAGGAAUCUUGAUAGAAACCUAACAAAUGUUUGCAAUAAAGUGUCUUCUACUCGAAUACAGGUAUGAUAUAGCACUGUGUCCCUUACAACUCGCAGCAUAUCGCAACGAUACGGUACGCCACCUUUCUAUCCAGGAACGAACGUUUCCGAGCCGUAAUUCGCCGAGUAACCCAUAUCAUUACAGUGUGCGUAUGUAAUGGCCGUCAGGCUAGGGGGUCCACGAUUGGUAUCAUAGGCACAGGAUCGGGAUACUAAUGAGCGCGAUACUAUACGGACAGAUUCUGCGAACAGGUUUUGGGUUAUCAUAUU